AUGUUUCUACCAACUAUCCUCCUCUCCUCGAUCUCGAUCCUCAAUCAGAUAACAACCACAAUGGCCACUAACACCGACACCAAGCAACUCUCCCCACUCCCGAAGCCAACCCGCUUCAUCACGAGUCAUAACUCUGAUGCGAAAUCAGUCGUCCACACCGAAGAUGCCGCUACCUGGACCAACCUCGGCGACGAGAUGGGCUUCUUUGUCCCGUACACCACGUCCCAAUUCCCCGUGGACAUGAACAAUGAGACGGACAUCGCACAGAACAGGGAAGUUACCUCUUCGGGAAAGCUAGGCCUGGUCAACCCUGGCGGCACUGUGUGUCGGUACGUGGAUUUCGCGCCGGGCAACAAGCCCGUCAUGCACCAGACGGUCAGUUUGGACUACGGCAUCGUGCUAGAAGGGGAGGUUGAGAUGAUUCUAGACUCCGGGGAGAAAAAGCUGCUGAAACGGGGAGAUGUCGCUAUCCAACGGGGCACGAUGCAUGCAUGGAAGAACCCGAGCCAGACGGAAUGGGCAAGACUACUGUUUGUCCUGCAGGCGAGUGAGAACGUUGUUAUCAAUGGAAAGGCGUUGAGGGAGGAUAUCCCAUCGGACGCAAACAUCCAGCCGAGUCAGUGA